CCUGUGGGGUAGAAGAAGAACUCCACCCACAGCUGUUAGCUCGCAGGCUAAAGUGGGACGACUGUAGAGUCGGGCGACUAUUAGUAGUUUAGUAUCGUCCUCAAGCGUGUUUAAAACAAGACAAAUGAUUCGGGGCCAUGCUGCUAUUGUUCUUCCCACGCUGAGUGGCUGACUGUCCUGGGGGCCAAGGAGCCACCAUGAACUUCAAAGGCGGUCGGAGGAGAGGCGAGGACGGCGUCGCCGUGGUGAUCGACUUCCUGCUGUCCAACGCCCGCCUGGUGCUGGGGGUGGGCGCCGCCGCCGUGCUGGGCAUCGCCACCCUGGCGGUGAAGCGUCUGAUCGAGCGCGCGGGCCGCGCCGCCGAAGACGAGAAGGUGGAGCAGAAGAUAUCUGAACUGACCUUGGCGGCGGCGUCGCCCGCGCUGACCAAGAAGGGUCUGGAGGGUGUGGUUACACAGCACGUCGCCACGGCAACCGGAGCCCAGAAAGCUGACCUGGGCCAACAAAACCCAGCGUCCUCCGAGGACACGUCGUCCAAAGACCAGCCAAAGACCAACAAAGUCCACCUGUGUGUCCCCACAUUGCAGGAUCGUCUCCUGCGGUUCUACCGCACCCGAGCGGCGCUGUCCCCCCAGGAGGUCCAGCAGGCUCAGUCCCGGGCCCUGGACAUCUGCACCGAGAUCCAGGGCUUCCUGCGCAGCCGCCUGGCCGACACGCCUCUGGGAGAGAUGAGCCUGGCAGGUUCUCUCCUGGACGACCUGCAGGUGGUGAGUGCGGACCACGCCUGUCUGCUGGUGCCCGUGCAGCUGGAGGCUAGUCUGUGGCGUCUGGUGCCGGGGGAGGAGACUCUGCUCACACAUCCUCUGCACUGGAUGGUGCGACGCCUCAACAUGGAAUAUUUCCCCAGAGGACGCAGCUACUGGGACAGGUACCUGGUGGGCGGCUACUUGUCAGCAGAGGCUGUCGUCAACAUGUUCAGCAAGGUCGUCAUGGAAACGAUGAACUGGCCGUCCGUCAGCAGCACUUUGGACUGUCUGGUCGGACCGGUGCCGGGAGGACCGGGCCUGAGACUGGAGAUUCGGCCCACAAGUGAACGCAGCGCGAGUGACGAGACGCUCUUCAUCACGGUGCUGCCGGUCCUGAGGGAGGCCGACGUGGUCCUGACGGCCCAGCCCGAGCUCACGUCUCCCUGGCACCACGCCUGGCACCUCUCCCUCUACCCCUGGGAGACGCGGCGCCUGGCCCAGCUGGACGCCGCCGACGACGGCCGCCGCCGGACCGCGCUCAAGUUGCUCAAGGCGGUGUGUCGCCUCAACCCCGCCCUGCGCCCGCUGGGCUCCGCCCCCCUGGCCAACCUGGUCCUGCACCUGAGCGAGCGCGAGGGCGACUGGAGCGAGCCCAGUCUGCACCUUCGCUUCCGGCAGUGCGUGGCCGAGCUGAUCGGCCACCUGGAGCAGGAAGUCCUGCUCAGCUACUUCAAGCCCGCCGUCAACUUGCUGAGCGGCCUGACGGAGGAGCAGGUGGACCAGAUGGGCUUCAUGUUGUACUGCGCCGCCUCCCAGCCUGAAAUCCUGCUCAUGUGACACCUUAGCGACAUGCUCCACUUCACCGUGCCAACCAUCAGGGUGCCUCAGAAUGUGCCUGAUUGGAAAAAACAAUAAACAAAAAAACACUUCAACUCAUGGGGGUUAGUUUUGUACACAUUUGCAACUGUUCCUGAUUGCGUUGCUAGGGUUACGCGUUUAGCAUACAGGAAGUAAAGUGUGCUCAAUCUCGGUGUUACUUAUCUUCAUGCAAGUGUCCUCAUUUUAGCCAAGUAUCUUUUUAAAACGGAGUGAAUGUUGCAGAUGUCCUUGAUGAGAGAAAGAUGUCAGUGAAAAUGACAGAUGACAAUAAAGCACUUUGUAAGA